UUGAAAGCAUAAUAUGACAGAUUUAGUAAGCAUAACUUGGAAAGAUUUCCUGAGUCAGAUCAAACAGUUUAUGGACAUGUCAAGGCAGUUAGACGACUCCUGGAGUAUAUAUGAAAAAGAUAUGGAAGAGCCGAAUACAUUUCUUCAGUAUACUCAAAAAUUAAAAUGCAAGAAUGAACUAAUCAGCGUGGAGUAUCAUAUAGUAUACAGCAUAUCGUAUCAGAUACCAAUGUUGUAUUUUCAAGCGCAUAGAUCAGAUGGCAGCAUGUUAAAUAUUGAGGCCGUUUGGGAACUGUUUGUGCCCGAGGCAACACGCCAUAAACUCAAUCUAUACGAAAUGUUAACACAAAUGGAACAUCCGGUAUUAUUUCGACCGUAUAUGGCAUUGCAUCCUUGUCGCACAGCUGAGGUCCUUGCUCAGUUUGGAGAACAAAGCAAAAAUGUAGUGCUUACUUUUAUUAGUUUAUACGGUCCCUAUGUACAAUUAAAUUUGUCAAAUGCAUAUGGUUUAUUACUAGGUAAUAAAUAA